AUGCCCUGCCCGAUAAGCAUCACCAAGUUUGUGGGGACCAUCUCUCUCGGUCUCUUGACGGGGACUUCCUACACCCUCCAAUCCAUAACUCUUCCUUCGCUUGCCCUUCUGCCCUCCGCGUCGCUGGCAGCACGCACCCUUGCCACAAUCCAGACUCAAUCCACGCGGCAGAUCCUCACUUUGGCAUCGAUCUCCUCUUUGUCUCUCAUCACCGCCUACACCCUCGCGAGCCCCCGAGGCCGGCACCCAUACCUGCUCUGGACUGCGCUUAUGAGCUUUAUUGGGGGCCAAGGUGUCGAGUACUGGUUCAACGGCUUCUCACGCUUUCCAUCUUGGGGCAUUGGUACCCGAACAACUGGUCACGGGCAAAGCGGACAUGUGAAGGCCUCGCGGGUGUCAAGUCCCUCGGCCAGUGAUGAGGGCAGCUAUAUCGAAGUGGAAUCGGAUAGCAGUGAAGAGCAGCCAGUAAACGGCGAAAAGGUCGAGAUGGAGAUGGUCCGGGAGCGCAAAGUGCAGAAGGUCCGAAGUUGGAUUGCCGGUAUUGGAUUCGCAAUGGGCGUCGUGGGCAUCUGGGGUGAUGGGGCUUGA